AUGACUCCUUUUGGUGUGCUCUCUGAGCUUCGGAUACCGGUUGAACUGUUCAACACAUUUGUUUCUAGCCCACAUAUCCCUGCAGUCUCAAUCAUAUUGUUAGCACCUCGAGACGAUGAAUGGUACUACUGCAUUGAACACUGGUCCUCGACCAGGGAUUGUCGAAGAUCCGCACUCAUUGUUGGUGCAGGCUUUGGUGGGGUCUAUCAACUUCGAAGACUCCGCCAGGAAGGGCACAAAGUAAAAUUGGUUGACUUGGCGUCCGAUUACGGAGGCGUCUGGUACUGGAAUCGGUAUCCUGGUGCGCGCGUCGACAGUGCCAUUCCACUCUAUGAGUUUUCUGAUCCUGAGAUUUGGCGGGAAUGGUCAUGGAGCCAGCGAUUCCCAGGUUCCGAAGAGCUACGUAACUACUUUCAAUUCGUGGCUGAAAAAUGGGAUUUACGACGAGAUACAUAUUUCGACACGCGCGUGACCGCUGCAGAAUGGAACGACAGUAACUCUAGAUGGUUGGUGACUACUGCGGAUGGUAAACGAUUCAAAGUGAAACAAUUUCUCCUGAAUACCGGUUUCGCCGCAAAAAGGCAUAUACCGGACUGGAAAGGUAUCGAAAAGUUCCAAGGAACUUGGGUGCAUCCAUCUUAUUGGCCAAAGGAGGAGCCGGAUCUCCAAGGCAAGAAGGUCGCUGUCAUCGGCACUGGCUCUACUGGUGUUCAACUCGCUCAAGAAAUUAGCAAAGUGGCGGGGCAAUUUGUCCUCUUUCAGAGGACACCAAAUCUAGCUCUACCAAUGAAGCAAAUCGAGUACGUCGGGGAUGAACAAGUAUUUCCAAGAGACAAAUACUCCAAAUUUUUCGGGGGGGGAUUACGCAGUUCGGGGGUCUCUCAUUCGAGUUCAUCAACCGAGCCACAUUUGACGAUACUCCCGAGCAACGACAAAGCUUCUACCAACAACUUUGGGAAGAAGGCGACUUCCACUUCUGGCUAG